AUGGAAGGUCUUCCGGUCCGUUGGAAGGCCGUGAUUGCCUGUGAGAUGUAUACCAAAGUGGCUGAUUCCCUUGCGCAUGCUCAACAGCUGGAAACCGCAGAGCGACUUCAUGGAUCUGUGGGAGACCCAGUGUACUCCCCAGCUUGGGCAGCAUCAGCACAGAUUAAAACACAUGCCUUCACUGAUGAAAAUAGAAUCUCUCAAUUGGAGGACAAAUUGGACAUAUUGACCACCCUCAUGCAGCAGUUGCUGCAGGUGCAGAUUGAUGAAGCACAGGGGGAUAGGUCGGGUUGGGGUGGAAACACUGGCGAGUGCAGCUCAGCCCACCGGGGUCGUUCACCCCACCGACGCUUCACCCCAAGGGCACCAGUGGGGGGGAGAAGCAAAUCAAAUGACCGGACAGUGUGUGGUUUUUGUAAAAGGAGUGGGCAUUCAGUUCGCUUUUGCCGGGAACUGCAGGCAACCAUCUACGGAACAGAUUCAUGUGUACCCUUGAGGAAUGUUGUCUUUGGAAGUGUUAUUGUGACACAACCGGUUUCAAUUCCAAGCCGCUCUGAGAUGUGCAUCCCAGUUCAAGUGGAUGGAGUUUCAGAUGCUUCAGAGGUUGUGAUUGAGCAGAUCCGCCUCAUCAUUGUCCAUGGGAGCGAGAAUGAGAUCGACAAAGAUCGGUCUGGUUCUCCUCCGAUGGACUAUGAUGCGGUGUUUGAGGCAAUUACUUCUUCCAUUAAUCUUUUUGUUAAUAACGUUCCUGAUGGCUGUAAGGUUAUGUUCAUUGAUUCUGCCCAUCGUUACCAUUGGACAUUGCCUGAUGGUUCACAGGGUGAGGGACAAAUGAAGUAUCUGGAGCGGCUGUCCAGAUUAAUUGCCAUCUUUCAUUCAAACCAAGCGGAAUAUUGUCCUCAUUUCAACCGUGGACCAUUCCGUCAUCACUUCAACCUGAAUCAACACAUGUUGAUGUUCACCUUUCACCUAGACUGCGCCCUGCAAACCAGGCAAACGAUGACGAUGUACAUCCGUACCGACCCGGUCGGAAUUAUGGGCGUGCCUGACAAUCUAGAAGAGAGAGUGAAUGAGAUCGUUCAGGAUCUCACAAGAAGGUUAGAUGAGGCGGAGAAUCCCGGGAGCGGUUGGAUCUAUGAUAGCGACGAAAAAUUCCUCGUAGAAGUGACCCGUUUCGAUCUGAUCCAAGGCAGCAAAUUCGAACAACUUCCUGAUACGCUGAAGUCCAUGCAAUCCCUCAUGAAUCCACAUAACGAUGCUGAUCAGUGCUUUAUUUAUUGCAUUGCAAGGGCAUUUGCCCUCAAGGAUAAGUCGAAAGAGGAGGUAGCAAAUGCUAUGGAGGAGAUUUUUCGAGACAUGCCCGGUUACAAAAAACUACACGUCGAUUACGGUCGAGAGUUUUACAAUAGGACCAUGGAUGCUCUUCUGAAAAAGUAUAGAAUCAAACGAAUCGAAACACGGGAAAUGGAUUGGGAGACGAGUUUCAGCAAGAUGAAUGAUGCUGACGAGGUGGCAAAGUUAGAACUGUGGAGCAAGUUCAUAACGUCGAUGUCGGAGGUGCAGGAAGUGCCCCCUGCCUUGCAGACCAGAAUCCUAGGCAUGGAUCUACAAAGUACAAAGACGUAUCUCUACCUUCUAUCCGAGCUAGACAAUCGUGGAGAACUAAAGUGCAAGCUAUCUCCUACGAUCGUCCUUCACCCGUCGCUGCCUUCAGAGAUCGGAAUUACGGAAGUCGGAACGAGGGAUAAAUUCCUCGUCCUCUCCUACUGCUACGGCGAAAAAAAAAAUGCUGAGAAUCUCUUGGAGAUCGAGGGGACAGCAUACCGAUUUUUCCAUCGACUGUCGUUACGACUCGGACGUGAAUGUCAUUAUUGGACAGAUUAA